CAUAGCAGACAAGAUCGCUGACGACCCAAUCCCUCAGGGGGCGCCUCGGUAGGAAAAAGAGUUCUGCUUCAAAGGAAAAGACGCAGUCGACGCAGUGUUGGUUUUGCAAAAAUCGGUUAAAGAAAAUGAGGCUCAUCCGACGUGGCCACGUCGAUCCUAGGUUUCUCCCAGAGCGGCGGUCUUGAAAAUCACCGCUGACGUUCUCGUAACUUAACUACGCCCGGCGAUCUACCUUCGAGUUUCGCUUGUAAACGUCGACCCAACGCCGGCCGUGCUACAGGCAAUUCGGGCUGCGAAACAAGUGGCCUUGCGUUAUAACUGUAAAAAGGUGGCACCGCCACUAAUAGUUUGUAAACGAAUAUGGGUUUCGCAUGGAGCCAGCCAGCUGAUAACACUUUUCAAGAGCAGCUGGAAAUGCAGAAUCAUCAACUGGAGAGACAGAUCUACAUGAGACACCUAAUGCGCCAGCGAAUGUUGGCCCUCAAAAUCGCCCAUGCACGGGAGAUGUUUUUCUGGCUCACUACGUUCUACGUUGCCUCCAGUGCGGCUCUCUUCGUUGGGUAUCGAAGGACCAAGAAGCCAUUGAUAUUGGUACCUAUUUUACCCAUGACAUUCAUACUGGCUUAUCAAGGUGACCUGGCCUACGGGAGCAAGCUUGUGAGGAUCAAAGGUGAGGCAGAGAACAUCAUGUCAUUUGAGAAAGAGCUGCUGGAACUCCCGCAUAAUGUUCCCACCGUCGGCGGCAUUGAUGAAGCCCGGGAGAAAGCAAAGGACGAAGGGAGUUUCAACAGAGCGCAUGACAUCUUUCUGUGAACACACCUGCCUCGCAGCAAGAUCUAUAGGGGUCCAUGUCCCCCCUCUUACAAACCGAUUCCGGCCCGCUGCAAUCAUCAUUAAUCGUACUUGACCUGGUGCUAGUACCACCGAGAACUUCUCCUCGGGUUGCAUUCUGCAAAGGUUCCCUUUCCCUGCUUCAAGUGAAUCUCUUUCUCACAGUUUCGUGGUAUUGUAUUAGACAUAGAGUUUUUUAUUGGCAAGCAGCAUUUUGUGAACCUUAGGAUGCAAUAUUACACUGGGGUUUGUUAUUAUAUCUUUAGCAUGAAAUUGCGAUACAUUGUAAUGUUAUGAAAGAAGUGUACAUAUAAGCAUUCUUUUUUUUUUUUUUUUUUUUUGUUCUGGGGUGACACAGUACAGAGUCUGUUUUAUACCUACAUGCUAGCAAUGAACACUUUAUCAUUAUCUUAAGUUACUAUUGUUCCUGCACUUUCAUGGUAUUGUAUCUAAUUUAGUGUUGUUUAUUGGCAAGUGAAACUUUGUGAGCCUUAAGAUGUGAUAUUAGCCAGGAUUUGUUUGUUUUGUUUUUUCCAGAAAAGUACAUUACAAGCAGAAGUGUGUAAGCACUUCUACUUCAUUUCUUGUUUGUUCUGAGGUGAAACAGUACAGCAUCCAGCUAUUAUUGUUAAUGUACUUACAUGCUAGCGAUGAAUGCUUUAUCAUUAUCUUUACAGGCUUUUAGGCUAUUCGUUGCAGUCACAAGGUCACUUAGUCCCCAUCACAAGGCUCUGGUAUUUUGAUGCCCAGUGGUGCGUUUAGCAUUCUGGCAUUAAGUGCAUCAUGUCUGCGGUGCCCUCUGACAUAUUGCGCAAGAUAUGCUGUCUAUCAUUUUUGCAAAUGUCCUUAUAAAAAAAUUGGUAGCAGAGGGGGAAAACGAAUGCUACCAGGGGCAUCUUUUACAGGAUUCACUUUCUGCAAGACUUUUUAGAACCAUGCAGUAGUCAGAGAUGUCCGUAGUCACAUCUGUGACUAUUUUCUUUAUGGUUCUCUAAUGGGCAUCAUGGCCUAGUACAUACCAAUGCACUUGUUAACUUAGUCCUGUUAAUAUUAUGCUGACUAGUCACAUUAUAUAGUUGUUACCUUUUGUCAUCCUGUUUUAUCAGUCUGCAAUUCAUUAGAUCAUUUUGACAUAGCUGAACCAGUGAACAUGCUUGUUAAUGUGUCUUUCAAUACAUGAAAUAUUUAUGCAUAGCUGCUAACUGUUAGUGUCUCAUAGUGAAGUCAUUUACCAGUGUUCUGGCAAUACGUUUAGCUCGAACACAUUUGCCCAUAUUACACAUCAGUUAUGCUCUGCCAGGAUUUCAACUAACAAAUGAAAUGUGCAUUGUUUCUGAUUUAUAGUUUGUGCAUUCAAGGCAGUGGACCGUGACUUUUCAUUCUCACUAGUCUAUUAAAGCAGCAACGAGAACAAAUAUAUACACACAUAUUGUGAACAUUCAGUGGAUUGUUUUUUAUCUUUGAAGGUUGUCACACAUUAUCUUUUCUAUUUCAGUUCUAGUCAUUUUACUGUGCUUUUCUAUGUAAAACAUUUUUGUUCACGAGAACUUUUUUUUUUUUUUAGCUUGUUCCAGUGACCUGAUGAACACACUACAUAUUGUCAUAUAUAGCUAAAAGCAUGGAGUGUGCGCAGUGGCAGUAAAUACAAUAUCAAACAUUUAUAUCUACAUAAUGUGAUGCUGUAUACAAGUCUCAAGAGUCGAGUGUGAGCUAGCCUUGCCGAACACAAAAAGUUGACGCAACUCUGGAGUCACAAAAAAUGUGAAACAGAGGUGUACACUGCUUUCACACUGACAUUUCAUCAUGCCAUUUCAAUCACUUCUAAACAGAGCUUACUGCUGCCUUAAUAUAUGUGGUCAUUUGAUACACUUUGGCGAAGGGGAGAGGAGAAGGUAAACCAAGCGAGACAUGAACUAGACUUUGCGAUGAUUAGUCAGCGUGCUUUUUGCUCUCAUAACGCAUGGCAACACAUAGUGCUAGGCGUGUCUGAUGCCAAGGCAAGUGUUGGCCGGUUCCCACCAUAUGAGUUCGGGCGGUGGGAGAUCAUUAUAGCAACAACUUACACUCGUGUUUCAUCUGGUUGACCCUCGUAGGAUUACUGUGCUCGCAGAAAACUGCAAAAUAUAUCAGCCAUAUACACAAAAAUAUAGCUGCUGCUGUUACUGCAGCAGUCUGUGUUAGUGCUUAUUACCAGAGUUGUUCAGUCAUACGAAUUGUCAAACGUCGCUUCAGAAUCCAGAAACACUGACUGGACAAAAAAUGUGAGGGUCUGCUGAACUACACAUUGCCUGUGAGAAAAAAAAAAAAAAAAGCUAACAAGUUCACACGCCCACAAAAUUAUCCUGCUUUAUAAAGCACCAAGACAAGAAAACUGUAAAAGUUGUAAAACAACUUUUUUUCAGCUAGAUCUUUUUCAGGCACUUUCUUUAAAGCAAAAAAAAAAGGGGGGGGGGGGGGGGGGCUAUGAUAUCUAUGACGCAUUAAAGCAAGCUUCAUUUUGGUGCUUUCUCUGGUGACAUGUUAAACUAGCCUCCUGGAUUGGCAUUCAGGGAUAUUCAGAGUACACAGCAGAUUUUUCGAAUUUGUAUGAUUGUUUCUCUGCUUAUUAGAAUGCUUUGGACAACAUAUGUGCUUGCAAAACAAGUGAUUUCAUGGCAUUGAGCCAAGCAAUGGUUCUAGGAGCACAAGAACCUGUUUGACAAAGCACAAGAGGUAUUUAAAAUCAAGUGCAAGUGAAUAUUUACUAUUUGAAAAAGUGAUCUUUUUCCAUUCCAUCUGCAUAUCUUAGGCUUGGAAAAUUGUAUACUACAGUUCAUCUUUUCUAUAAGUCAUAAUUUAGAGACAAUGCCUUACAGGAGCCAGAUUAGCCAUGUUUACUGUGAGAAAAGAAUGCACAGAAAUUGGAUGACAGAGCGAAAUGUAACCAAAGUUUCAUGACCCUCAAGAAUCCAAUAUGUACUUGGUUACUCACAUAUCCUCGAGGAAAGGGACAUAUCUCAUACUGCCGAUGUCUCAGAUUUAAUAUAGUGCAUAUUAACAUCUUCAAAAAAAAAAUUGAAGCCCAAAAUUAUGCAGGGUCCUUCUUAUAACGUAACUUUUGAAUGUCAUUGUGCAGUUAUUUGCAUGGCCUGCACAUGUAGAUUUUUUCUUUUUUUCAAAGGUUGUACUAAUCGAUGACGUAGGUUAUAUGCAGUUGUAGGUUAUAAGCUGAAAAUGCGGUAGUUCUUUGUCAUGGUAUGCUUUCUAUUUUCUUGACGUCAGUGUAAAAAAAUUUAACCAGGCUUUUACAAUAAGCAAUAUAGUAAAAAGUAGCUCAAGGACAGCCUUCCAUUGUUAUCGCUGCCAUGUCUGUGUGUCGGUGACGUGUUUCUCUUUGCACAUGCGCAUAGCUCACACGAAAUAGAACAAGUGGACGAGCCCUAAAUUGUCAUAACAGAUAUGCAUCUAGCAGUAUAUAUCACCGUUGAGUACGAAAGAAACACUAUAGUGUCGCCUAGCUGCAGUAUGUUGCUGCGGUCCGACGCAUCAUGCCUAUAUUCUGGGCGUCUUUUAAUCUGUGAUGCAGGCUCUUUCGCUCGCAGUGUAACAUGCAUGCUAGGACAAGAAAAGAGAACUUUCAAGUGAAGUAUCAUAUACAGAACACUUGCGAUAAUUCAAACUCAAUUCAAAAUUGGAGUUGACCAUAACAUACCUAAAAAUUUUAUUUGACCCAGUUUGUUUUCAGUGCAUUUCGAGGCCACUUAAUUGUCAAACAAGAGUUUUGGUUUUUCAAACUUCCUAACUUUCCGUGGCAAAAAUACCACCCGAUAACAGGACAUCUACCAGGCAUAAUAGUCAAAACCUAUUCUUCAUAUUCAGGCUGUUGCGAUAGGCAUCACUGUGAAAUGGCCCCACCAACCCAGUCACUGUCAACACAGUGGUGUCAUAUGUAGGACUUAUGUGCACCAGCUCUGGUCCUAUAUCUGCCCAAAUGCAACUGCACAUGUGUGUACAUGUAAUAAUCUGAAAUUGUGUUCAGGAGGGUGUUUGAUUUGGAAAAUUCUUGCAAUACCUGAAGCCAGUAAAAGUUUGGAUUAACGCGAUUCAACUGUAUUAAAAAAUGCUUUGCUAUAACAGGAUGUAUUACUGUGAUGUGUAUCUUGUUAACGGUAUCUGCUUAUUUCUGAACAUGCAAUAAAGCUUGUUGAGCUUUAGUAGUC